GAGUGUGUGUCCCUGUGUGUGUGUUUGUGUGUGUCUGUACACUCGCCGAGCGACGACCUGCAAACAGGAAUCUGAGUCCAGUCGAGCGACCGAGAAAAAAGAAGAAGCAGAAAAACAGGAACCACAUAAUCUUCGAGUAUCUUUGCCAUGUCCUCAACGAAGCCGGUCCUCCUCCAGUUCUGAGCCCGUCGAACCCGUCGUCUCCCCGGACGUCGACCUCCAGAACUGGACCCAGAAAUUGAUGCAUCUGGCGCCGCGACGCUGCUUGUUUUGACCGGUGCAGCUACACAUAGUCCUGCGAGAGGAUUUGCGGUCUGUCAAUGAGGAACUACCGGCUGAUCUUCUGCCACAACCUGAAGCAGCCAUAGAUGAUUCAGUGGUUCUCUGGCCAGGGGAGGAGAGGAUAGGAUACACUUUCACUGCUGCACGACGUGAGGUCUUGGCGGGUUCGUGGUGAGGAGGCGGCCAUGAGGAAGAGCGUGUCUCUGUUGCCAGGCAAUGAGGGCGGGAGCUCGGCCGGCACCACACGGGUCUUUGGUGUCCCUUUGGAGGAGGUGUCUCACACACAGACAAUAAGUGGCCACGAGGUUCCUGCCCUGGUCAAACACAUUGUCGACUACAUCGAGGAACAUGGUCAUCUGGACCUGGAGGGGCUCUUCCUGGUUAAUGGCAACGCAGAGCGUGUGGAUUGGCUGCGUCAGCGCUAUGACAGUGGUGAGGAGGUGGAGCUGGAGAAGGAGGCUGACCUGGCGUCAGCGGUCAGUUUGCUGCGGCUCUUCCUUCAGGAGCUUCCUGAGCCCGUUAUUCCAACAGCGAUACAGGGACACAUUCUACAGCUACACCAAGAUUACAGCAGUGAGGAAGAGCUGUGUAGAAACCUGAAGUACCUGCUGCAGCAGCUUCCCCAGCUGAACUACGGCCUUCUGCGUUUCCUGUGCCGCUUCCUGGCCAGCGUGGCGUCCCUUCAGCAGGAGAGCUGGAACAUCGGGGCGCUGGCCGCCGUCUUCGGGCCAGACAUAUUCCAUCUAUCAUCAGAAGGAGAGGACCUCCGGGACCAGGAGACUGUUAGCAGAGUCCUGGCAGAGCUGCUGGACAACCAGGAUUGCCUGUUUGACUCAGAGGACGAUGAUGUCUCCACCACCAACGACUACAGCUCCAUCAACGAACAGAUCACAGAGCUGUUGGACGAUGACAAGUGUGAGGCGGAAUGUGAAGAGCUCCCCCAGGACGAGGAGGAGGGUCCCACCUCCUCCGACUCCCCACAACACAAUCACACUGACGACAGCCCUGCAGCCAGCUCCCACCUCUCCCCUAUAUCCAUCCUGCCAACUGACUCUGCUGAGAUAAUUCAGCGAACCAUCAGAGCUGCAGUGGAGCAGCAUUUCUUUGACCUGAAAACCUCCAUCGACCACGGCCUCAGCAACUAUGACAGCCAGGGGAUGAGUCCCAGUGAGCCUUCAGACGAGGGUUGCCAUGGAGAUGAGGAGCAACAAACGGACCCCGAGGACACUCCCUGUGACACCGAAGGAGAAACCCCACUCAAAGAUCGCGAGCAACACAUGCAACAAAGCCAGACGGACACACAGGAUUCAUUGGACUCUGGCACUUCCCCGGUGAAGAGCUCGGGAAUGGACAUGGAGGCAGACGCUGUCAGAGAUGCUGAGAACAACCUCAACACUGCCAGGCAGGACAAUCAACCCUGUGACUCCAUGGACCAGACUGACACUGGAACCUGUCAGGACCCGAGCUCCUGCCGCUGUGAUCAGAACGCCAACACCAGCGAGACCAACAGGAACCACCUGUCGCCAUGCCAACCAAACUCUGGCCUCAAGCCCCACCUUCAACUCUUUCCUGACAACCAAUGGGAAGCAUCACCCCCCUCCCAUCUCCAUCUCCCUCCCAUAGAUUUCUCAUGUAUGCAUCUACAAACAGAAGGCCAUGACCCCAUCCCGGCUUACAAAUCCUGGCAGGAUGAGAGCGAGUGCGGAGAAGCCCAGCUCUCCCCGCUGGCUGGUCGCAUGCUUCCUCUCCCCCUGCUGCCCCUGGAGGAGGAUGGCGAGGAUGAGGAGGAGGGGGAGGUAGGGCAGGACACCUCCCCUUCCUCUUCCCGCUCGCACCCUCACCUCCUCGCUCGACGCUUUCUGGACUUCGGAGCGCACAGUGCCCAGCGCUUCCUCCAGCAAGACUCAGACGCCACCUCGCCCACCAAAGCACAGAGACCCCGCCGAGCAUCAUUUGGCUCCAAAGAGGCGAUGAGAGGAGGAGGAGAUUCAGUGACCCACCAACUCACCAAGAAGCUACAACACCUGAAGAAGAAAAUUAAGCAGUUUGAUGAGCAGUUUGAGAAGGAGAGGAACUACAAGCCCUCUCAUGGAGACAAGGCAGCUAACCCCAAAGUCCUCAAAUGGAUGACCGACCUCACCAAGAUCCGCAGGCAGAUUAAAGGACGCCAGCACCACCUUUUACCCAGAAGCACGCUGAGGCACCAGGCUUUGCUCCAUUCACACAGACGCCACCAUGCUCCCUCCUCCUUCCCUUCCUCCUCCUCCUCUAUCUGCCCUCCUCCCCAUCACACACUCACCCCCCCACGCCACCCCCACUCAGGCCUGAACUCUAGACCGUUUCACCUCAAUGCCAAACACCGUGCAGAGAGCGAGCUCGGCCCUCUGACUCGUCCUCGGAGCAACACUUUGCCAAAGAGCUUUGGCUCGACACUGGAUCAAAGCGCCCACGAUGCAGCGGGGGACGCUAAAGGUUCUCAUCCCACCAGGGAGGAAACACUGGAGAUGAUUCAGUGCCGGGUCAAAGGGAAGAAGCAGGAGGACGGAUGGCCCGAUGACAUCAAGAAGAUGACCAAGGAGCAGUUGUCCUGUGAGAAGACGGUCCUGCAGAAGAACCUGCUGCACUACGAAGGCCUGCAUGGUCGACCGGUGACCAGGGAGGAGCGUCUGGUGGUGAAGCCUCUCUACGAUCGCUACCGCCUCGUCAAACAGAUGCUCACCAGAGUCAGCAUCACACCCAUCACAGUGUCCCCCUCCAGUAAGAGGCGGAGUCAGACCCUCCAGCCAAUCAUAGAGGGAGAAACUGCUCACUUCUGGGAGGAGAUCAAAGAGGAGGAGGAGGAGGAGCAGAAAGGAGGAGGUGGAGCAGCAGAAGAAGAAGAGAAGGAGGAGGAGCGGGAGGAGGAGGACGACGAGGAGGAGGAAGAGGAGGGAGAGAGCAGCGGUGGCGAGAUGCAAGGCUCCGAGGUCAUCAUGGCCGUCGACCUCGUGACCCCGAUCGACCGGCAAGGGAGGAGCCAGGACCAAUCAGACCCGCAGAGCGACUGUCCAAUGAGAGCCAAGCUGGAGGAGGGGUCGGGCCGGCUGGCGCUGGACCUGCGACUCUCCAGCUCCAACGCUUCGUCCAUGCCAGAGCUGCUGGAACAGCUGUGGAAGACCCGAGCAGAGAAGAAGAAAAUGAGGAAGACCAUCAGAGAGUUUGAGGAAGAUUUCUAUCAGCAUAAUGGAAGAAACGUUAUGAAGGAAGACCGCGUGCCGAUGCUCGACGAGUACCGAGCCUACAAGAGGAUCAAGGCCAAACUCCGCCUCCUGGAAGUCCUAAUCAGCAAACAGGAUUCCUCCAAAUCCAUCUAGACCCGCCCUCCUCAGCAGCUGCCAAAUCAAUCCACGCACACAUCAGCCGUCACCACUGCUGCGAGGCCCCGCCCAGGAAGUCCGGCCGCCGGCUGGACGCCAUCACACCCACGAGGGUUUCAUCAGACGCUCCUGUGACCACGGGACGAGGUCGUGGUCACCGCUCGGUGCUGCAGUCACGUCACAGAGAAACCAAACCAGGUUCAGAUCAGACAGGAAGUUCUGAAACGCUCUGAUUUUACUUUGACAGUCGGACGAUUUUCUGGAAACAGGAUAUUUUACAGUCACAUUUUAGGGACUUUAGACCGAAUCUGUUCAGGAACCAAAGUAAAGUUUUGGUUUUUAGUUUGUCGUACUUUCUGAUGACGCUUUCGUCCUCCUGAAACCCAACACUGGAUGUUGGUAUCAGUAUUAGAACGAGGGAAGAUAAUUUCUUCCUGAAUGCUCAAUAUUAUAUAAGUGAUUAAUGAGUAAAAUAUUUAAAAUUAGAAAAUUAGAACUAUGGCCCUCAGGCCCAACAUUACCCUUAAUAAUCCACAUUUAUAUCUGCUCAGACUCAUUCAUUUCAGUCCUUUAAACGCUGUCAAAGAAAGUUAAACUCUUUGUUCACAUCGGAACCAAACCAGUUUUCCAUCCGUCCACCAAGUUUCAUGGAAAUCUGUUCAGUAGCUUUUGCUUCAAACAAACCAACCGACACAUAUUCUUCUAUUUAUUCUUAUUUGCCAAAUCUCUGUGAGUCUCGUGGGGUAAAAUCCCAACUUGAAUUAAUAACAAUCACUUUUAACAGCAGAGUAGUUUGUGCUCCUCAAAGUUACUGAGACUGUCGGCUGAGAAGUGAUUUUUGGGCAUUUUGAUUAGAAAAGUCCAAACGACUCAGUUUUCAUUUACGACCUCAAAACUCGUAGAAGUUGUUUUCCUGUGACACGACUGCA